UGUCCCCGUGCACGUGCACCCACAAGGAACCGCGAUCUCAGGUCGCACCCGCACCCCUUGGCACCACCACGAUGGACUACGCCGGCGCUGCUCACCCGGCGGCGGCGGCGCCGCCGCCGCCGGUUUCCGAUUCCCAACACGCUCACUACCCCCACCCUUACGCCGGCUACCCCUACCCCUACGGCGCUUACCACCAACCCGCCCCGGCCCCAGCCACAGACCCCUCCGCCUUGGCCGCCGGCUCGUCAUCUUACUACUAUCCCGUCCCUGCCGCCACGCCAUCCGUAGCCGCGCAGUACGACCCCUACGCGGCGUACCAAUACUACGCCCCCCCGUCUGGUGGCGCUAGCGAUGCGGGUCUCUCGGUAUAUUACUUUACCGCCGGCGAGGCGUCGCAGCAGGCGGCCGCCACCACAUCGACAACGCAGGUUGCUCAGGCAGCGACCGGGAAGGAGGCGGGGAAGCACUUCGGGUUCGAUCCGCAACGCUACGCUCAGGCAGCAGCUGCUAGAGCAUCCAAUGGAAUGACAGAACCAGCUGCAGCCCCAAGCAUGCACCAUGCCCAGUGGAAUGCCCAUUUUGGGCAUCCUGUGCCCAAGAAUGUCUUGAGAAAACAAAUGAAGAAAAAGCCAAAGGUCGUGCAACCACCACCAUGUGAGGUCUGCAAGAUUCAGUGCGAUACCCUAGAGGUUCUCAUGAUACAUAAGCAGGGGAAGAAGCACAAGAAAAACUUGGAGAAGUUACAAGACUCCAUCACCCCAAAACCAUUACUGAAGCCCACAAGCAAUGCCAUGGGACCAACUAUGGCACCUUCCGCUGUUGCUAACUCUGUGGUUCCAGCUGUACAGUCAAAGAAGAAGAAGAUCUCAGCAGCAACGCCGGCAGAUCUGGAGGUGAAGAAGAGGCGAGUUCUGGAGGCUGGAGCAGCUCAAGGAGAAGUAAAAAUCUGCACAGUUUGCAAUGUUGUCGUGAACAGCCAAAAGGUCUACGAAUUUCACAUAGCUGGGCAAAAGCACCAGGCCAUGGUACAGAAGCAGCAAUCGCUACAUUUUGUAGCCUGAGACGUCGUCUGAAGACUAUCACCGUCUUGUCUAGAAGUUUCAUAGGAACCAGAAUUCACAACAUUCAUAUCUUCAAAUGUAUUAUUAACUAGCUAGUGACCACCUGCUCUGUACACUCUUCUUGUAGCGUAGCAAACGAUUAGUACAUUGUUCGGACUUUUGCGUGCCGCAGAUAAAUUGUGGAAAGCUGGCCCCGAAGAUUGUACUGUAUGUCUCAACUUGUUUAUCAACAUGUUCACAUUGCAGGUUGUGAUAUAUGUUCUUGAUAUUUGAAUUUA